AUGACGGUCUACUACGGCAGAGCCCUGGACGACGAAAGAGCCCACGUCAACAGCCGAAUCGCUGACUUCAACGACAACAGCGCAGAGCCCUGGACGACGACAGAGCCCACGUCAACAACCGAAUCGCUGACUUCAACGACAGCAGCGUAUACGACGUCUACUACAGCAGAGCCUUCGGACGACGACAGAGCCCACGUCAACAACCGAAUCGCUGACUUCAACGACAACAGCGUAUACGACGUCUACUACAGUAGAGCCUUGGACGACGACAGAGCCCACGUCAACAACCGAAUCGCUGACUUCAACGACAGCAGCGUAUACGACGUCUACUACAGUAGAGCCUUGGACGACGACAGAGCCCACGUCAACAACCGAAUCGCUGACUUCAACGACAACAGAGUAUACGACGUCUACUACAGAGAGCCCUGGACGACGACAGAGCCCACGUCAACAACCGAAUCGCUGACUUCAACGACAACAGAGUAUACGACGUCUACUACAGUAGAGCCUUGGACGACGACAGAGCCCACGUCAACAACCGAAUCGCUGACUUCAACGACAACAGAGUAUACGACGUCUACUACAGUAGAGCCUUGGACGACGACAGAGCCCACGUCAACAACCGAAUCGCUGACUUCAACGACAACAGGGUAUACAACGUCUUCUACAGGAGAGCCCUGGACGACGACAGCGCCCACGUCAACAGCCGAAUUGCUGACUUCAACGACAACAGGGUUUACAACGUCUUCUACAGGAGAGCCCUGGACGACGACAGAGCCCACGUCAAAGUCAAAUCACGCUGACCUUCAACGACAACAGAGUAGAGCCUUGGACGACGACAGACAGCCCACGUCAACAACCGAAUCGCUGACUUCAACGACAACAGAGUAUACGACGUCUACUACAGUAGAGCCUUGGACGACGACAGAGCCCACGUCAACAACCGAAUCGCUGACUUCAACGACAACAGCGUAUACGACGUCUACUACAGGAGAGCCUUGGACGACGACAGAGCCCACGUCAACAACCGAAUCGCUGACUUCAACGACAACAGAGUAUGGCAGACAUCGGGCGGUUCAAUCUCAUAGCAGCGUUUACGACGUCUGCUACAGUAGAGCCUUGGACGACGACAGAGCCCACGUCAACAACCGAAUCGCUGACUUCAACGACAACAGAGUAUGCGACGUCUACUACAGUAGAGCCUUGGACGACGACAGAGCCCACGUCAACAACCGAAUCGCUGACUUCAACGACAACAGCGUAUACGACGUCUACUACAGCAGAGCCUUGGACGACGACAGAGCCCACGUCAACAACCGAAUCGCUGACUUCAACGACAACAGCGUAUACGACGUCUACUACAGCAGAGCCUUGGACGACGACAGAGCCCACGUCAACAACCGAAUCGCUGACUUCAACGACAACAGCGUAUACGACGUCUACUACAGCAGAGCCUUGGACGACGACAGAGCCCACGUCAACAACCGAAUCGCUGACUUCAACGACAACAGCGUAUACGACGUCUACUACAGCAGAGCCUUGGAUGACGACAGCAGGGAGCCCACGGGUCAGGACAUAUACCGUAGAUCGGCUGACUGUCUCGUGACGGACAACAGCGUAUUACGACGUCUACUACAGGAGAGCCUGGACGACGACAGAGCCCACGUCAACAACCGAAUCGCUGACUUCAACGACAACAGGGUAUACAACGUCUUCUACAGGAGAGCCCUGGACGACGACAGAGCCCACGUCAACAGCCGAAUCGCUGACUUCAACGACAACAGGGUUUACAACGUCUUCUAUACAGGAGAGCCUGGACGACGACAGAGCCCACCAGAGCCUUGGACGACGACAGAGCCCACGUCAACAACCGAAUCGCUGACUUCAACGACAACAGCGUAUACGACGUCUACUACAGUAGAGCCUUGGACGACGACAGAGCCCACGUCAACAACCGAAUCGCUGACUUCAACGACAACAGCGUAUACGACGUCUACUACAGCAGAGCCUUGGACGACGACAGAGCCCACGUCAACAACCGAAUCGCUGACUUCAACGACAACAGCGUAUACGACGUCUACUACAGGCAGAGCCUUGGACGACGACAGAGCCCACGUCAACAACCGAAUCGCUGACUUCAACGACAACAGCGUAUACGACGUCUACUACAGCAGAGCCUUGGACGACGACAGAGCCCACGUCAACAACCGAAUCGCUGACUUCAACGACAACAGCGUAUACGACGUCUACUACAGUAGAGCCUUGGACGACGACAGAGCCCACGUCAACAACCGAAUCGCUGACUUCAACGACAACAGAGUAUACGACGUCUACUACAGUAGAGCCUUGGACGACGACAGAGCCCACGUCAACAACCGAAUCGCUGACUUCAACGACAACAGCGUAUACGACGUCUACUACAGUAGAGCCUUGGACGACGACAGAGCCCACGUCAACAACCGAAUCGCUGACUUCAACGACAACAGAGUAUACGACGUCUACUACAGUAGAGCCUUGGACGACGACAGAGCCCACGUCAACAACCGAAUCGCUGACUUCAACGACAACAGCGUAUACGACGUCUACUACAGCAGAGCCUUGGACGACGACAGAGCCCACGUCAACAACCGAAUCGCUGACUUCAACGACAACAGCGUAUACGACGUCUACUACAGCAGAGCCUUGGACGACGACAGAGCCCACGUCAACAACCGAAUCGCUGACUUCAACGACAACAGCGUAUACGACGUCUACUACAGCAGAGCCCUGGACGACGACAGAGCCCACGUCAACAACCGAAUCGCUGACUUCAACGACAACAGCGUAUACGACGUCUACUACAGCAGAGCCUUGGACGACGACAGAGCCCACGUCAACAACCGAAUCGCUGACUUCAACGACAACAGCGUAUACGACGUCUACUACAGUAGAGCCUUGGACGACGACAGAGCCCACGUCAACAACCGAAUCGCUGACUUCAACGACAACAGGGUUUACAACCGUCUUCUACAGGAGAGCCCUGGACGACGACAGAGCCCACAGCCUUGGACGACGACAGAGCCCACGUCAACCACCGAAUCUCUGACUUCAACGACAGCAGCGUAUACGACGUCUACUACAGCAGAGCCUUCGACGACGACAGAGCCCACGUCAACAACCGAAUCGCUGACUUCAACGACAACAGCGUAUGCGACGAUUAAUACGACAGAGCCUUGGACGACGACAGAGCCCACGUCAACCACCGAAUCUCUGAAUUCAACGACAACAGCGUAUACGACGAUUAAUACAACAGAGCCUUGGACGACAGAGCCCACGUCAACAACCGAAUCUCUGACUUCAACGACAACAGCGUAUACGACGAUUAAUACACAGAGCCUUGGACGACGACAGAGCCCACGUCAACAACCGAAUCGCUGA